AUGCUUCUUAAGGAUUGCAAUCCUCAAGUUAUUCGCGAUAAUUCGACCAGCCUUUUGUCACAAAUCUCUAGCGCACUUUGUCGUCCUUUCAAGCUCCGUGUCGAGCAAGCCCUUGCAGGAGAAACAGAUUCUGUUGUCUUAUAUCGUCUUUCUGCGUUGUUUACUUUCUACUCGGAAAAGAUGACACCAGAGAUCGGCCCUGAAUCUGAACUUUCGCGUACAAUUGAUGAACUCAAUCAGCUUACGCUGAAUAUAUUCUACAGUGGUCUCAAUGGAGCAGUGCAAAAAAUCCUUUCCAAGGUAGAUUGUUCAAACUAUAAUCAUAGACUGCAAAGCACAUUACCAGCAGUGCAUCAGAUUUUGAUGCUGUUGAGGGAUGUGCUAGAAACUCAUGACGGAGCAAUGGCUGGUCGAACGAAUUCGGAGGAGGAAUUCAACAAGAUCUUCAGCUGCGUGCUGGAUCCGCUUUACAGAUCAGUACAAGUAGCUGCUACACAUUUGCAUUCACCUUUAGAUGUUGCUGUCUAUACGCUGAACUGUUUGUCUGCCAUACACUCGCUGGUUAUUCUUUAUCCUUUCACGGAUUCACGACUGGAAAUGAUCAAGGCGUUGAUGGAAGGCAACGAAGACGUGCUAGUAUCGGAAGAGGCUUCAACAAUAUUAGCAAAUACGGGACUAAUACACUUGUAUCAGAAAGCUUCCGCUCAUGACAAGAGUCAGGGACCAUUAUCUGCUAUUUCUGGGAUGGAUUCUGCCACUGUAAAUAACACGUUGAUACAGUUUGACGCUUACUUAGCGCAGCCAGACAAGUACCAGCUUGAUCAAGUUGCAAAGAUAAGCAGUGCUCGAACUAGGGAAAGUGUAAAGCAGAGAACUGUGGAUAAUGUAGUUGCCGCGUACUCAGCUGUUAUUAAGAAGUUGGAAGAUCCCGCGAAUGCUUACGAGAAUGUUUCAUACAAAUCUGUUGAUCAGGUGAGUUGAGG